UGAAGUACCAUACUACACUAAUAGGUGUAGCGUGAUGACGAUGGCACGCAGGAGAAACGCUUUUAUGUCUCUCCCUUUCGCCGUUAUCGUUGCUGUUGUUGUGUACCUUCAUCAACCGGAUAGUGUUCUUCUCAGAGAAGUGCUGAAUAGUAUGUAAAACUUUAUCAUCACUGGCUCAGUUGCAAACCGAUAGCGACACACGACAGACGACCAUUCUCGGUACGGUAUAGAAAGCGCUUCCCGCCUCUGAGGUUAAAAUUCAUACUUAUUCAUACUUGUUACCAAUUCUUUUAUUGAAUGCUGUGCAGCACUAAUAAUGCGUAUACAUGCUUAACAUCUACCAACCUAAACACAUCCAUCACGUAAUCUCUUACACUUGUUUUCAUUCAAGUUUCACCAAUAUACGGUUGUAUUGUUAGGAAAAGUUCGUAGCUCGCACGUGUAUGUGUGAGAAAUAGUGGUGUUGUGGCUGCGCGGAUCAGCAUAUAAUUUGUCAAAGUGACUUAAGUGAGUAUAGUCUAUCGAUUGAAUGGAUUUCUAUUCCGACGGUGUAUUUUUGUUAUUACUAUUAUGAGACUGUAAAAGCCAUCCUCAAUUUGACGUGUUCCGUUUAAAUCAGCUCAAGAUCGUGGACCACCUUUUGUCGACUUAUUUGCGGAACAAUAUUUACCGUAGCUGAUAAACGAAAACUGUACAUCAUCCUCUAUUUGUGUGACCAGUGCUGACAGGAAGAUAAACUUGUUUCGAAUUGAGAUAGGAAUGUUUGGAAUGCAUAAGGCAAUAUAAUGCACUGCUUAGCCGACGUCGUUGUUUGUCCAACACUGCACUCAGCCAAAAUCGACCGGCACAUACUUAGCCGAAGGUGCUAUUGAUAUCUCCGAAGGUUCUGCAAACAGAUUCCACGAGGGAAGAUUGCCGUGAAGGAGGAAAGAUUUAUCUCACUACUGUAUUUGGCGGGAUGUUUAUCCACCUGAGAAGUUUGCUCACGCUUCUCCUAGCGUCCGUGGUAAUCGCCCAGGCACGAAUCGUGGCAGACCACCCUGGAUCCAAUUCAUUAACAACCGAAAGCGCAAUAACAAUCCCGCCCUCAGUGAACGAAGAUCAGAAUGGACUUUUGGAGGUAGUUAUCAAUUCAACCGAAGUUGCCUCAACGGAUGUUCCGGUUACUAGUACAACAAGCACGUCCUCCACGACGUCGACUACAACUGAAUCUUCUACAAGUACGACUACUACCACAACGGAAGCAACAACAUCUACCACAACAACACCUGCAACAACAGCAUCAUCAACAACAACCACAACCAGCACCACCACAACAACGACAACCGUCCCGACCACCACAACCACCCUAAUUCCACCCACAAACGAACAGGGAUGCUACAACGCCGUGCCGGAACUGUGCCACAAUCGAACCGGCGACUGCGAAUGCAAUCCAGAUCCGCUGAACCCCGGGGCACUGUUCUGUUGCAACGUAACCGACAUCAACAGAGCGAUCGGGUGUGCCCCGAAUCCCGCCGCUGACGGUAGUAGUAGUAGUACUACUACUGCCGGCAGCACCUGGAAGUAUAUCCAUCUGCGUAACGUCACCGUUCGCGAACUGGUGCUAAACGUUUCCAAUCGGUACAUCAAAACGUUACUCUCGCUGUCGAUCACGGAUGGAAAGAUACAGAAAAUUAGCAGUUCGUUUGCUCGGUUUUCGUCGCCGAUCUGUUUGAAUGUGUCCAAUAAUAAUAUUAGCGAGAUUGAACCGAGAGCUUUCCGGGAGUUGCGGAAUCUUACAACGUUGGAUAUAUCGCAUAACAAUCUGUCCACGAUACCGUCUACGAUCGGGAAUUUGCGAUUGGAUAUUAGAGGCAACAGUGCCAUGCUGUGCAAAUCGUUGCUGGACUCGCUGAAGGAAGGAGACAAAUUUAUUGACCCAGAGGCAACGUUUUGUCUAACGAAUCGAACCUUCAACUGGUUCGAUUCGACCGAUCGUAUCCCGCUGCAUCAGCUGGUACUGAGCCAACGGGUGCAGAAUGAUUGUCCCAAGCGGUGCAGCUGCGAACUUGAUCGGCUCAACUUUGAUCUGAACAAUACGGAACGGAAGACGAUCACUGCCCGGGUGGAUUGUUCCGGUUUGGGGUUGGUUGAUUUUCCGGAAACACUACCGCCCGAUACAGUUACGCUGAAUGUUUCCAAUAAUAAUGUGAGUAGAUUGCAAAACGAUAUAAUCAAAAAUAUAAAGCGUCGUGGGAAAACGAUCUACCGUGGCUUGAACAACGAGGAGAGCUCGCUUAUUGCACUAUUUGCGAAGUUUCCCUCAAAUUUAGGCAUGGUGGUUUGA